GAUUUCUCUACCUGAAAGUACAAGAAUUCAGUGACAAACUGUUGGUAUCUCCUAGACUACCAGAUACAUGCAUGAGACAAACAGAUUUCGAAGUAGGAUCAUAUUCGGUAGAAGGUUUGAAAAUAACUCCAUUAAAACCCAUGCAAAAAUGGAGAGUGGAAUACGAUGGUGCAAUGCGAUUCGAGAACGAUUAUUCUCAUAACAUGGAGGUUAAACUGCAAGCAACGUGGACAACUGCUCUUCCAUACUUUAACUUUGCUUCGGAUAUGGAUCCAAGACCAACAGCUCGUGCUAUGGCAAAAGAAAAGUGGAGUCGUGAUCACUUUCGAAAUUUGAAAAAGUAUCAUCAAACUCAUUAUGAACAUUUCGGAACUCUUAACGGUAUAGUACUCAUAAAUGGAAUCGAGUUUCCGCUUAAUUUGGACUGCAUGAGGGAUCACAGUUUUGGCGAACAGCGGAACUGGAAAAACUUUCAUCGCUAUGUGAUGCACUUUGUUCACUUAGAGAAUGGAGACUGCAUUACUGUAGGAGUUAUAUGUAUGCCAGUUACAUUUUCAAGUUUGGAGGUCGGUUUUGUUUCAAUAUCUCACGAUAAGUGCAACUACGCCGUAACAAAUGUGGAAUUUGACUUGUACCAAUUUGGAGAGAAUGGAAAACCUCCUGUGGAUUACGCAUUCAACUUUUACACAGGUAAUAAACGAUACUCUGUAAAAGUAAUUGCUGUAGCCUGUCCAGAAUUCUACAUCGGCGAGGAAAGUGAGUGCCGCAUAGUAGAACAGCAUUGCAGAUUCGAGGUGAACGGGCUCACAGGAUGGGGAGCAGCUGAAUGGCAAUAUAGACAUUUGGAUGGCCUUCCAGUGCCCAUGGAAAAUAAGCGAUGAACCAGAAACAAAUUCUUUCAUUAAAAAAUAAUUUGUUUGACACGAGACUCCUACACAAAAUUGGAAAAACGAGGAACCAACAAUUUAAUGAACUGCAAAGUAAUACUCCUGGAAAAAUACUACGUAAUACGUCGAUGGCGCUUUCAUGAGUCAUAAAAAAUAUAAAAAAUAAACAAGUGCAUUUCAGGACCUUAAAAACUCCGCGGCUCAUGGUCAGGUCAUGUCCCAUUAGUUGGUCACUCCAUUUGCAAAUUCCAAAUCUUAUAUGCUAAUUUUUAAGCCACCCCAUUUCCGAUUUCUAAAUCUUAUUUCCUCAUAAAAAAUAUACCAUACACUGAAACUACGCCACACUUUUUAUUCAAGUGUCCAAACACUUGAAAGAUUGAAUAAAGCCACAUUAUAGAUCUAAUUGGUUUGUGUUUCAUUAUCAAUAAAAACCACUUUAAAAUGCAACUGUUUGGGCGAUUGACUUUUUGGUAUUUUGUCAUUCGGGUGACCCAAGCUUUUCAAUUGUUUUGCUCAUGAAUUUGUCCCACUGUCUUAAAUUAUUCAAAGUGAUGAGGAAAACGCAUGAAAUUGAUCUAAAGAUCUACACAAAAGAAGCUCUAUUCAAAGUCAACGUGAUUUUCCACUUGAAUUUAAUGUGUUUCACUGAUUGAUUUUAGCCCGUUUUCAACUGACAGGCCGGCGCAGUGGUAGCGUACUAUUAUUUUCAACAGCGUUUAAAAUUCAAGUGUUUGGCUAUUGAAAUUAUUUCAUGGAAAAUCACCGAAAUUUCAAGUGUUUUGCGAUUGAUAUUUGAGUGCUCUGUACUGCAGGGUCAGAUCAUGUGCGAAACACUUCGAUGCGCUGUGGAAGUUUUGCUCAUUUUUGUGGUUUUUAUUAAUAUUGAAACACCAACCAAUUAGAUCUAUGAUGUGGCUUUAUUCAAUCUUUCAAGUGUUUGGACACUUGAAUAAAAAGUGUGGCAUAUUUUCAGUGUACCAAAAUGUUUGUUUACAUUGUGUACUUAGGCGUGCACGGUUACACGAGAACGACGAAAUGAAAGAAAUUAUGCAGUCGAAUUAAAAGUUAAAACUUUUAAAUCAGUUAGCAAUGAUAUUUUCAAAAACUGUAGCAGUAAAAGUUUUCAUAUUCAAAGCAAGAUAAAAACUUUUAAUGUAGCAAAUUUUGACCACUUUUUUUAUUUCAACAGUAAGUUACUUUUGCCAUUACAGUAAUAUUUUGUUUGAGUAGAUUUGUGAUAUUAUUGCUCACAACGAUAAAGUUUAUUUUUCUGAGUACAAUGACCCUUUGAACAACCGCGAAGGAUUUCAGAUGGAAUUUUAAUUCAGUUUAUAUAAAUAAACAUCGCAGGCUCUUCUUGACAGAAAAGGUCCUACUUGACAGCUCGUUCCAAGGAAACCAUAGUUGAUCCAUCGAAAAAAAAUUGUUUUGUCAAUUGGGUACUAAAGCCCUAUGUCAAUUUUUAUGUACAACGGUAAAAAAUACGAUUUAAAAACCAUUUCUGAUCACUAUUUUUCAUUUUAAUGCAAAUUUUUUUUUUGACAAGACAACAUUUUUUCGAUGGAUCAACUAUGGUCCCCUUGAAACAAGCUGUCAAGUAGGAGCUUUUCUGUCAAGAAGGACCGUGAGGUUAAUUUUUCAAAAUUGAUUUAAAAAUCCAUUUUAAACUCUUUGUGGUCGUACAAAGGGUCAUUUUACUCAGAAAAAUAAGCUUUAUCGCUGUAAACAAUAAUAUCAGCAAUCUAUGCUUCAUUUUAGGACAAUUCUAGAUUAAAUUUUCAAAAGGUUCUAUCUGCUAGGAUAUCCAUACCCAUGACGAAUUCGCGAUUAAAAGCUCCAUAAUUCCGACAGAUGGCGCAAAGCAUCGAAGAAUGACGAUUCAAAUUUUCGCUGUUCGGUUACAUAGGAAUGCAAACUAAAAAUUGAAUUUACAGCUCUUAGAACAACUUUUGAGAAAAAAUUCAAGUAGUACGAGUGUAAACUUGUUGCCUUCUAUAAAUUAAAGCAAUAAAAAAAAUCAAAAAAAAAAUAAUUUUGAAAAAAUAAUAUUGUUUAAAAUGAUAGAGCAUCAAAAGUUAACAAAGUAUCAGCUCGAAUUUUUGCUCAAAAGUUGUUUUGAACGCUUUUGAACGAGCCAAACGACAUGCGACACCUAGUGUUGAGUAGCAGAACAGAGCGAAGAAUGUCGAUUGAAAUUUCCGCCCUUUGAGGUUAUGUAUGCGAAUUCUGUUUUGUUAAAUUCCAGCGUUCAAAACAACUUUUGAGCAAAAAUUCGAGCUGAUACUUUGUUAACUUUUGAUGUUCUAUCAUUUUAAACAAUAUUAUUUUUUCAAAAUUAUUUUUUUUUUGAUUUUUUUUAUUGCUUUAAUUUAUAGAAGGCAACAAGUUUACACUCGUACUACUUGAAUUUUUUCUCAAAAGUUGUUCUAAGAGCUGUAAAUUCAAUUUUUAGUUUGCAUUCCUAUGUAACCGAACAGCGAAAAUUUGAAUCGUCAUUCUUCGAUGCUUUGCGCCAUCUGUCGGAAUUUUUGAGCUUUUAAUCGCGAAUUCUUCGAUGCUUUGCGCCAUCUGCCGGAAUUAUGGAGCUUUUAAUCGCUAAUUCGCGAUUAAAAGCUCAAAAAUUCGGACAGAUGUAUGCGAAUUCUGUUUUGUUAAAUUCCAGCGUUCAAAACAACUUUACAACUAUUGUUCUAAGAGCUGUAAAUUAAAUUUUAAGUUUGCAUUCCUAUGUAACCGAACAGCGAAAAUUUGAGUCGUCAUUCUUCGAUGCUUUGCGCUAUCUGUCAGAAUUUUUGAGCUUUUAAUCGCGAAUUGUACGAUCAGUACCUUGGGGACCUGAGUCGGGUGGAGAAGAAUACACCUAGUUGUCAGUGUCAGCCACUUGCGAACUGUCAGUGAGAGCCGCCUUCAAUUUUUGUUACUGUUCUUAUGUGGCUAGAGCAGUAUUGUGUUUGAAGGAAAAUAAAUUUAAAAAAGUUUUUAAAUUUGCAAAUGUUUUUUUCAGACUGAGACAAUUCAUUGAAUACAAAAGAGGAUAAAAUAAAAUAAAAUAAUUAACUUUAUUUAUUUGUCAAUUUUUGCUAAUUUUUGAUAAGAUUUAGUUGAAAAUAUGUUUUCAUGAGAUAUAUUUCCAAUAUGACCAUAAAUCAAUCAAUGUUAUGUCUUACAUACAUGUACUUAAACUAAGACUUAUUUAGUUAGUAGUAGUUAGUCAAUGUGUUUAAAUAUAUAAAUCGUUCAGUACAACCCGAGCUGUGGAGGAAGUGAAGCAAAUUCUUUGAACGAAUAUAGGAACAAAGAAGGAAAAACGGCGAGCUGGAGGUUGACAUAAAUAAAAAAGAAGCAGAACGUUUUCAUUUUUUUUUUUUGAAAAAAAAUUCAUCGUUGGUAAAAUUUGCCUAAAAAUUAAGAUCGUUCAAUUUAACAUUAGCCACCGUUUUUCAAACAAUCGCUCUGCAAAGCCGGCAUCUCGGAAGAAUGAUCAUGUCACAGCGAAUUCACUUCACUUCCUCCACAGCUCGGGUUUUGCAUUUUAUUGCAACCAGAAUGGAAAAUGACAGAAAACAAAGUCCGGCAGUACCGGCGCUUACGACGCUGUAGUUUCCUGUGCUGUCGGGUGCGGUUCCGGAUAUAAACAGAAGGAUCGCCUUCGACAAGCAGGAAGCAGCAAACAAAAUACUGGCCCCUCACGCCUUUGGAGUCACGAAGGAACAAGGCAAGGAGGUACUCUACAGUUCGGCUGAGCUGUGGAGGAUCUUCAACGAGUUCAGCACCCAGCUAAAAAAAAAUCAUUAUUUUUUAUGUAACUUUCAUGAUUUCCGGUCCUACCCUCGUCUCGGCACCGAAGAGGACCUAAUAAAAAUAAGUUAUGAAUAAAAAAAAUUGGCGGAGAAAGUUGCAUCACAUGAGUCAUGCACGAUCUUGAGCACUAUUUUGAAAUGUGCUGCAAGAAAAUUUGUAUUGUCAAGAAGGGCAGAUGACGACUGACUGGAAAUUUAAAUGGGAACUGAAAUUAUCUUGCACAAAAAAACAAAAACAACAACAAGAAAAUGAAUAAGAAUAAGAAGACCUCUUCGCUUCUCCCUCCCAGUUGGGGACCAUCGCUCCAUUGAAGAAUUCGACGACGUUUUUUCCGCUAGGUUCGCUGUUGUUCCAGCGGUGUUCGGAAUGACAGCCCCCAUACAGUUUGGGCAGUUUUUAGGGAAAAAUCGCGUUUAUGAUGAAAAAUCAAGCAUUUUCAGAAAAGUGGGGUAUUGCAAAGUGUGGCAAUUUCGCUAACGAUCAUAAUGCGUGGUGAUUUGUAGUGAUUAAUUGUGACUGGUAUUUUAUUUAAACGAUUUUUCUAAAAAGAUGAUCGAUAUUUUUGAUAACUAGAGUUAAAUGUUGCAAAAGUUAAAAGUAAUGAUGAAAUGUUAUGUAAAAGUGUUUAAACUUUACUUUUCUUCCCCUUUGACGAAAAUAUUGACCUUAAAAAUGCAUUUUGGUGAUUUUUUUGAAUUUUUUGGAAAAAUUCGGAUAACUGGCAAUUUUUUGAGAAAAUUAUUGUAAUUAUGCUGUAAUAUGACUCUAAUAGUUUGUUCUAUCAAUAAUACACACAUAAGGAGCAUUAUCAAUCAAAUAAAUCAUAUUUAAAUCAGUUUUUCAAAAGAUCUUUUUGAUAAAUUUGAGGAAAAAACAUGAAAAAUUAACUCA